CAAUUUUUUGCUGUUUCUUCAGUCAUAGAUUGAAAUUUGUCUUAGAACCUCGCUUCAUAGUCGAGUGUAUUUGAGCUCCCGCUUGAUCUCGUUAUGGCUGAAGUCAGAUGGAGGGACUAUUUUUUUUCCAACAACCCUCCGGGGUUUCUCAAAGGAGAAAACACAGGCGACCCAGUUUUCCUCCCGUUUUGUGCAGAAAACGAAAAUUGGGAACUAGGAGAGAUGGUCGACAAGUCGAGAUUAACAAAAGAAAACGAUAUACAGUUUCCCGAAUUCACCAAGAAACAGGCCAUAGAGCAGCUUCACCGCCUUGGAGUGUCUAUAGAUGAUAUUCCAAGAAGGCUAAGCAAUGCUUUGCACGAAUUCGAUAGAUUCUUUCACGAAGCUCGGGUAUAUAGUCAUAUCAGCAGAUUUUGCCCGAGUCGAGAGAAAAUAUAUUUUCCAAGAUUUUAUGGCGUGAUCACCGACAUGACAAGAUUUCGGUUCUCAUCUGGAUAUGCGCAUCAACGGGCUGUGGUGCUGGAGGCAAUCAAACCUUACUUAAGCUCUCGACGUGUUCUCAGUGAAGAGGGCGGGGUCGUCUCUAACCUGCCUGAGAGCUUCCUGAAGACACUGAAGGACCUGCAGCUGAGUCUAUUUGAACAGAAAUGGUACUGUUUUCUGCUGAAGGAUCGACUUCGCCGCUUAAAUGUCCUACACAAAAUCGGGGUAACCCAUGGAGAUGUUAAGGACUGUUAUUUUCGACUUCCUGGUGACUUUUACGAUACAGUUCUAUAUGACUUUUCCGCAUCAUAUACUUUCUCCGAUAAGUGGCCGUUCAGGGUUAAUUCGGGCAGACCCCGGCCGCUAGAAUGAAUAGCAAAGGGCGAACGUCAGUGUGUUGAGCUUCAGGUUACGGGGCGGUAAGGGGAAGUCCUAAGUCUACUAUCAUCACUAAUGUACAACUAGAGCUACGUCCUGAGACUUUUGUUCUCAU